CAUUCAGAAAAGGAGACACAGGCGAGACUUUGGAGAAAGCAGACUAGGCAUAAUGGCCACCUUGCCACCAACAGCCAACCCUUCCCAACAACCUCUAAACCUAGAGGACGAAGAUGGAAUCCUGGAUGAAUAUGAUCAGUACAGCCUGGCCCAUCCCUGUGUUGUUGGGGGAGGUCGGAAAGGUCGGACCAAGAGAGAAGCUGCCGCCAAUACCAACCGCCCUAGCCCUGGCGGGCAUGAGAGGAAGCUGCUGACCAAGUUCCAGAACUCUGAAAGGAAAAAAGCCUGGCGCUGAGACAGAGCUGGAGAUGAGGCCAGACCACAGACACCACACCCUGCAAUGGAUUCAGGACCUUGGAGAAAUUAGGAGUUGUAAGCAGGACCUAGGCCUGCUUGAUUCUUUUCCCACCCUCUGGAGAGGGAGCACAAAAAAAAAAAAAAAAGCCCUUCCAAACCCAGCAAAAGGGCAAGAUGGGAGCAAGAAGCAGAGGGUGGAUGGGCAGAGCUAGGAAGGCAGCCCCAAAAAGAGCUGUGGGGGAAAUACAUCGGAUGCCCUUGGGUGGCAACAACAAUAAAUCGUACAGC